UUGCGUAUAUUUUUCUAUCUCACGUUUGACCUAAGUUGAACACCGUCGUGUGGUUAUCACUCUCGCCUUCUGGGGUCAAACAGAACCCUAAUAUGAGCUUUAAGAGUGGCGCUGAUGUUUCCGUUUCCUGGUUAGCUACCGCCUACCAACUGUGUUUUUAGCUUCGUUACCUUUUCGAGCUAACCUUCACUGUCGGGUGUUUUUCGUCAUCGCUGUUGUUUUAGAAAGCAAUAACGCCGCGAUAGUGUUACAUAUACAUCACGGCAGAUGAGUCAAGCUCGAUGAAGCACCUGUUGUAUUUUAUUACAGUAUUAUUCGCCUGUGAAUCCGCCUCUCGACUGUCGGCUAACGCUAAAGCUAACGUCAGUUGCCGCUUGAACCAAUUGCCAAAUUCUCCUCACCUGACUCAGAUGAUUAUCUUUAUUGACUUAUUUCGACUUGUUGUAAACACAUGCUCGUCCGUUUAGAUUGCUUUAACCGUGUUUGAAGUCGACACGCUGAAAACUUUUCGGAUACUUAAAACAAAAUAAAGCUGAUGUUGUCACAGCCAAGAAUCACGUGAUGUAUGAAGGAAAACACAUACACUUCUCAGAGGUGGACAAUAAGCCCUUGUGCUCAUACAGCCCGAAGCUCUGCAAGCAGCGCAGACUGAACGGAUAUGCCUUCUGUAUCCGUCAUGUUUUGGAGGAUAAGACGGCGCCUUUCAAGCAGUGUGAAUAUGUGGCCAAGUACAACAGCCAGCGCUGCACCAACCCCAUCCCCAAGUCUGAGGAUCGCAGGUACUGCAACAGCCACCUACAGGUUCUUGGAUUUAUCCCGAAGAAGGAACGCAAAAAGAAGCACGAUGCUUUGGAAGAUCUUCGCUCCCGCGCUCACUUGGAGUCAGUGGCUCUCAAUAUAACGGUGCCCUCGCUCGCACUGAAAACUUCCAACGGUCUUGACGAACUUCCGCCGUCUCCCACCUACACGCGCCUGUUGCCCCUGCCUGACGGGGAACUCCUGGAUCCCUUUGCCUUUUAUGAGGACGACACUGAUGGGGAAGAACUCGGCGCGGCUCGAAAGAGCAACGCCAUCAAGAAGAAACUACAAAGCCGUCUGGUGCUUAACCAGAAACUCUGCCAUGACACGGAGCUCUUCCAGCCACCUACUGAGCACUUUAGUCCCUCUCCCGUCCCCCGUGUUCAUCCCUCCUCCCCCCUAAACGCUCUCCCACCGCGGCAGCAGUCAGGACUUCUCCAGCCACCUCAGCAGCAGGGUCUAUUAUGCAAUCCACCACCACCUCAGACGGUCAACUUUCUGCCUCCAGGGCUUCCUGCUAGCUCAGCGCCCAGUCCAGUGCAAGCUUCUGGGCCAUCGCUCUGCUGUAAAACAUCUGUUACAGCCACUCACGUGGUCGUCAUGCGCCCAGCUGCCUUCUCGCCCUCAGCCAGGUGCCUGGUCAGGUUGCGACAUCUGGUGGAGCUCUGUGCCAAAAGGCAGAACGAGCACGGAGACCUUUUCCCUCAUUUAGGACUGGACUGGUCAGAGGACAGUGCGGAGGAUGACGACGACGACGACAACCUUGAGGAGGACUCGGGGAGGUUCAUGUCUUGGCAAAGCUCUUGGAGGCCGCAGAACGGGUUGGACGACGACGCUGGUUCCUCCCGGAGAACACGACUGCUCCGGCUUUGUUCCUACCUUCGAGAGAAGUACAAGCACAUGUGCCGACAGGAACGGGCCAACCUCCGCCAGAAGAGAUACCGCUAUGCCUUCCGCAAAGCCUUGCUGCACGCUGCCAGUAAAAACCCGGACUGUGCCGGUCAGCUCAUCCAGGAGCUGCAGGACGCCAGCAGAAGCUCGUCGAGCACGGCGCCUGCAGGGCAGCAAACCUCGGAUGCCAGGACAUGCACCGGUAGCACAAAGGGCCAACCUUGCAGCAACCGGGCGCUGCCCUUCACUCAACAUUGCUUUCAGCACAUUCUGUUAAAUCGCUCCCAGCAGCUCUUUGCUAGUUGCACAGCCAAAUUCGCUGACGGCCAGCAGUGCUCCAUCCCUGUGUUUGACAUCACCCACCAGACGCCACUCUGCGAAGAACACGCCAAAAAGAUGGACAACUUCCUGCGCGGGGACUGCAACCGACGAGUGCAACACCAGCAGCAGCAUCAGCGGAAGCCGCGCAAAAAGACCAAACCCCCGGCGCUCACCAAAAAACACAAGAAGAAGAGGAGGAGAGGGCCACGGAGGCCGCAGAAGCCCAUCCCUCCGGCGAUGCCUCAGGGGAACCUGGGGAUGCCUUCAACCAGCCUGGCCAUGCAUUCGCAGGCCAGCAUCAGGAGUCCUUCAACUCCAGACCUGAGUGCAGAGGAGCUGCCUGAUGACAUCACCAAUGACAUGGCAGACAUUCCAAACGACCUGGAGCUCAACCAGGAAGACUUCUCAGACGUGUUGCCCCGACUGCCUGACGACCUGCAGGACUUCGACUUGUUUGAAGGUAAAAACGGGGACCUCCUGCCCACCACGGAGGAGGCUGAGGAGCUGGUGCGUGCGCUCCAAGCCAUGGGGUCUUACCCGGACUCCCUGGUGUGUCUGACCUCCAUGGCAGACCUGGCCCCCUCUGAGGGAGUGGACCAGCGGGCCCUGACAGUGUUGCCAGGCGGGAUGGGCGACCUUCUCAACGGCCGCAUCACGACGGAGAACUUCAGCAGCCUGGAGCUGGAGGACAACCUGCUGCAGUCCACUGGUGCUCACUUUCAGCCAGCGAACCAGCCACCGACGGGCAGCUUGACCUCGGCCCCCUCGGUGGCAGCCCCCUCCACCGCCGCCCUGCUCAGCCAGACGGCCCUCACGGAGCGGACGUUCUCCCGGACUCACCCCUCUCACGUUCUGUCCAAGUCCGACGUGCCCACGUCGUCUCCUCAGAGCAGCCACUACAGCAGCGAGCACGUUCCUUCACCGUACAGCGACCAAAUAUCUUCGCCCCACGCCAGCGCUUUCCAAACGGACCCCCCUUUGCUGCUAGAAGUCCCCAUAAGCGGUGUACCCGGACCCCCUCGCUCGUCGUGGAACAAUUUGCCCCUUCCCCUCACCGACCCCACGCAGUUCGGCAGCCUGCUGGGCUCCGACACUCACCUCAUAUCCACCUCUCUGUCCACGCCCCCGGCCACCACGCACUCGGUGACGCUGCAGCCGAUGGCCGCUCUGUCAGCGAUGCCCCCGAGCUGCCUGACCGGCCUGACCACGCCCCAGCCCCCCUCCUCGCCCUCGCAGGACCCCCUGGCCUCCACGCAGCCCAAGCAGCAGCUCCCUCAGUUCAGCGCGGCCUUCGGCCACCAGCUGGCCUCCCACAGCGGCAUCCCGAAAGACGUGCAGCCCAGCCACAGCUCCACAGCGCCCCCCGCUGGCUUCUCCAUCAUCAGCGCCACCACUGCAAGUGCCAACAGUACCUCCGCGCCCUUCACACAGAGCAAAUGAGAGCGGGUGGCGCCGCCAGACCGGGACUUGGCGUGUGGUUCUGGGAACUUGCUGCCGGUCAGUGUGAGCUGAAGCAUCAGGAAGUUGGGCCUCAGGAGAGCUUCUCAGUCAUGUGUACUCACUUGUUCUUCAUUCACACGGCGACUCUCUUCUCACUCGUGUCACCCUCCAGCGCAAGCUUGUGAUGUUGGUUCUGUUUCACGCCGUCUGACCUCAUCGUCGGUUUCACUUUUCUAUAGCAAUAAACGGAACGGUGGUCUGGAUAUGUAGCUCUGUUCCUGGUGAGUCUGGUCGCCGGUGCCCUUCACGCGGGUCAGCGGGCGUUGAAAUCUGGGCCCAAAAUAGAAUCUAGAAUCAGGACGAAUCGAAUCCGGAAUCAGGAGAGUGAAUACAUGAGUAGUUUUUGAUUACGGCAGAUUAAUGUUGGACCUGUGGCCCGGUGUCGUGGAGUGUUGGCGCCAUAGUUUAGCGGUCUGUUUUGAUGGUGGAUUGUUGAGUAGCAAUCAGUUGAAGUAUUACGUGUGACUUGUUGUCAAACCGGUUGGAGGGAUCAAUGUUUGCUGUGUCGUCAUUUUGUAUUUAACACGGAGAAUAUUUUUGAUAGCUAUUUAAGGAAGUGUUAUGAAAUCCCGUUUGCAUGAAGCAGCGACCUUAUUUUUUUCUUUCCAGCGACAUCCGACGAAACAUCAUUUUCGUUUGCACAAAUCCAGGCAGGUCAUGCGAGGAGACGCGGCUUUACUUUCCCACGGCCUCGCCGUGACAUCACACCUGGCGACGGCCGCCGUGAUGCGGCUUGUGUUCUGAGGAGGCUGACAAAUUCCGAUUAUUGGUUGAAUGUACUGUACAACUGUUUUUAAAGCUAGGACGAGCUAAUCUGGUCACCUUUUGUUAUCGGUCCUCGGUUGAUUUGUCUAAGGUAUUUUUUGUAUACAAAGUUUUACAUUUUUAUGUAUAUUUUUCUUGUGUACAAAUGAUGUAAUAUGUGUACAAACACUGUAUGUAAUAUGUGUAUAUAGUGUGAGAAAACCUUUUUUUUUUUUUUUGGAUGUAUAAAUAAACUUGCUGUGAGGUAUUUGA